AAAAUUUUUGUGAACCUGGUAGAACAGGAAUUGAGGAAUGUCAUGGAAAUAUUCUUUUCCCAGUUUUGAUUUAAGAAGUUGCUUAAAUUCUGCUGACAAGUGAGGGUUCGUGAUUACAGCCGAAGAGCUAAUGUUAGAAUAAAGCUAAGUUUUAUGCUAUAACAUGAAAAUAAGUUGAUAUUUGUAUUAAAUCAUCAAUAGGAACUUGUUUGACUGCCGAGGAACGAUGAUAUUUGAUGAUAAAUUGCAUCGGCAAGUCAAGAAUACCGGCUCAGUUUAUGGGCAUCAGAGCUCAGCGGAGCGCGCCCGUGCGGCACAGUGCACACAGGAGUGACGCGGCCGGCGGCGGACCGCUGACAACACCCGGUUUGUGACGUGCCCCAGUGCGCCGGCUGGAGUCCGGUGGCCGCCGUCAGCACCGAAGGGCUCGCCGAGCGCCACAGCCGGAGGCGGGACGCCGGCCGGCUGUCCGCUGUUGCCGUCGGUCGUCGAGGAACUGUGGCGGAGCGGGUCGGCCCUCGCCGCGCCUCUGAACGCCGCCGACCGCCGCCGCAGCCGCCGCCGCAGCCGCAGCUGGGGCGGCCAGCGGCGCAGCGCACGAGCCAAGCUGGAGCGGCGCGCCCCCGAUGGAGGCCGGCCGGGCGGCGGAUCGCCCGAUCUGGCCGGCUCGCUGCCACAGACCGGCUCACUGAUCCAGCGGGCGCUGGGCGUGGGGCUGAGCCCGCCGCCGGCCGGCGCCGCGGCCAGCCGCACGCCGCCCUCCGACGCCCUCUGGCCCAUGGACAUGGACCAGCUGAUGGAUGCGCCGCCGUCGGCCUACUCGGUCGGCGUGCCGAUCCCGGGCCGGCAGCAGUGGCAGUUCUCGGGGCCCGAGUUCACCGAGAUGCGCGCCGGCCGCGCCGAGCCCGAGCUGGCCACCUCAGCCGGCGGCGCCGGCUCCUUCCCGCCGCCCACCGACUACGGCUCCAGCCCGAGCCCGGGCGCGCCGUGGCCCGUGCACGCCGACCUGGCGCGCAACCUGGCCGGAAUCCAGAUCGACGACUUUGACCUGGAGGACGUGGACGUGGCCGACCUCAUCAGCGGACCGAUGCGCGAGCCGACUCUGACCGAGCUCAACGCCGGCGACGACCUCGGCGAGCUGUCGCUCGACUUCGCCGGCGACUCAUUCGGUGCCCCGGCGACGCCGCUCGUCAAAACGGAGCUGCUCGACGCGCCCGUCAAGAGCGAGUGGGCGCCCUUCUCGUCAUCGAUCCCGGCGUCGUUCGCGCCGCAGACGGGGGCGCCGCUGGUCGGUCAGCACGACCCGAUGCUGCCCAGCUUCCCGACCGGCGGCGGCGGCGGCGGCGGCACCAGCGGCGGCCGUCUGACGCUGCAGGCGCUGCUGGCGCAGCCGGCGGCGGCGCCGCGGCCGUCGGGCGCCGCCGGCCGACUCAGCAGCUCGGUGCCGUGCGACAGUCACCUGGAGCAGCAGCGCGCCGCCGGCCGGCUGGGCCCGCUGGCCGCCGGCGCGCGCGUCGACGAGCUGCGCGGCUCGAGCUCGUCCGUCUCGACCGGCGUGCUCAGUCCCGGCUCGCACGAGUCGUACGUGGACGAGGGAGCCGAGUCACCGUAUGAUCACUACUCGGACAGCGACAGCGAGGCGGGCUCGACGCUCGGGGACGACGCGCCCGGCCUCAGCUCGUCACUGGGCAGCCGCCGGGAGCGGUACUUCUGGCAGUACAACGUUCAGGCCAAGGGACCCAAGGGCCAGCGCAUCCAGCUUACUGAGAACCUCAACGACCCGCACCACAUCAGCCAGGCCGUCGACCCCGUCUUCUCGCCCAACAUCAAAAUGGAGGGCAUCAAGCACAGUGGUAAGGCGCGCCGCGGGGACGGUAACGACCUGACGCCCAGCCCGCGCAAGCUGCUCAACAUCCAGCGCGACCUGGACAAGCUCAACCGGCUCAUCAACGACAUGACUCCCGUCUCGGAGCUGCCCUUCAACGUGCGCCCCAAGUCGCGCAAGGAGAAGAACAAACUGGCGUCGCGGGCGUGCCGUCUCAAGAAGAAGGCGCAACACGAGGCGAACAAAAUCCAGCUCUCUGGACUGGGCGAGGAGCACAGGCGGCUGACGGCGGCGCUGCGCGACAUGCACGAGGCGCUGCGGGCGCGCCUGGUGCCGCCGGCCGACGGUGGCCCGCCGCUCACCGCCGAGCAGACCGGCCAGAUGGUCGACAGAGUCGUCAAACAGGCGCACAAGCACCGCGUGGCCGGACACCUUCCCGAGUACGUGGAGCGCAUCCUGGAGCGGCACAGAGCCGGCGCCGGCGCCGGCCACGGCGGCUCCGAGCCGGCGCUGGCCCACACCGACAUCGGCUAGGCGCCGCGCCGGCCGCUCAGCACUGGCGGCGCGCCGCCGGCCACGGGUAGCGGCUGGGUGCGCAGCGGCCGUGCCUAGUCAGCCGGGCGCGCCGCAGCUGCCGCCGCCGACCGCCACCUUCUCGCCCGCGCGUUCAUGUGAUGUGAUGCUCUGUCCAGGUGGCUCGGAUAUGUUAUUUUUAAGCUAGAUUUAAGGCGUGCGUCUGUGUCUGUUGGGCCGCCGCGCCGCGCCUGUGUCGUUGUCUGCCGCGGCGGCGCGAUGAGCGGCCGCCGCCUGCUGCGCGCACCGGACACUGCCGAGAUCCCUGGCUGUGCGGGGCCUGGGGUCGGGUCGGGGCAGCGGCCGGCCGCCCCGCUCCGCUCCGCUGAGCUGAUGGUCGCCGCCGCGCGUGUCGCAGAGUGCCGAGACCAUGUAACGGCGGGUCCCGCCGGUGUGUUUGUCGACUGAAGCGCCGCUGCAGUACAUACAUGCACGCAGACC